GCGCUGAUGCUCCGCCACACGCUCGCAUCCCUCUUGGCAGCACAAGCCUCGCAUCGGCACAGCAAACUCAAACCACGUCUGACCGGCACGAUGGAUGGGCAACAUAAAGACCGCAGAAUGACUCACUUGUGGAUAUUGACGUUACUGAUAUUUGUCUAACCUCAAGCACUGGAUAACUCGGUCUUUUCCAACUUCUUCUGGAUACGGAUUGUGGAGCUGGAUCUUGUCCUGCAGGCUUUUGAAGGAUUAUAUUUAUUCUGAUCACCUUAUUUGUCAUCACUCCCCUUUUUGCCAUCACCAUUUGGAAUAGGAGCGUUUUGGUGGGGCGACUAAACUGAUUUGUUAAGGAUACGCACAUCAAACUCUAAAGGAUGGCCGUUUGGUUCACCUCUAUCCUCGCAAUAGUUAUAUUAUUAUUUACUCAGGUUCUGGGAUCAGGUGUGUUCGAGCUAGAUCUCCAUCACUUUCAGAAUACUAAAGGUUUGCUGGCAAACGGACGUAGCUGCAGCAUGAGCGGCUGCAGGACUUAUUUCAGGGUUUGUCUGAAGAACUUCCAGGCGGUGGUGUCUCCCGGAGGCCUUAUAUUCGGCGCAGCCGCCACACCUGUGCUGGGCACCGACUCCUUCAGCAUCCAGCGGGACGCCGGGCUGCGUCUGCCGCUCAACUUCACCUGGCCGGUUUUGGCUGACGUUUGUUUCCCGAUUUGUCCCCCACAGGGUGCCUUCUCAUUAGUCAUCGAAGCCUGGCACUCUCCUGCAGCGGACCCACCUGGAGACACCACCAACCCUGAUUUCUUGAUUAGCUCUUUUGCCAUCCAAAAACAGUUGGGAAUAGGGCAUGAGUGGUCCCAGGAUGUGCAGAGCGGGACGCAGACGGAGCUAAGGUACUCAUACCGGUUCAUCUGCAAUGAAAAUUACUACGGGGACACUUGUUCCAAAAUAUGCGCUCCGAGAGACGACCAUUUUGGCCACUACACCUGCAAGCCCGACGGGCAAAUAGCCUGUCUGCCGGGAUGGAAGGGAGAAUACUGCCAAGAACCAAUCUGUCUUGACGGAUGCAACGAAAGGAAUGGAAACUGCACAGUGCCCGGAGAGUGCAAAUGCAGAGAGGGCUGGCAGGGACUCUUUUGUGAUGUGUGUAAACUCCAUCCGUCCUGUAAACAUGGUACCUGUAAAGAGCCGUGGCAGUGCACCUGCAAAGAAGGCUGGGGAGGCAUCUUUUGUGACCAAGAUCUGAACUACUGCACCCAUCACAAACCCUGUGCUAACGGGGCCACAUGUAUGAACACAGGCCACGGCAGCUACACCUGCACCUGCCUGCCGGGCUUCACUGGGGUUAACUGUGACUCAGAGGUCAGGGAGUGUGACAGCCAGCCCUGUCACAACGGAGGCCAGUGCCUGGACUCUGAGAAUGGCUAUAGGUGUGUAUGCCCACGGGGGUUUGAAGGGACACACUGUGAACACAAGAUGCUGACCUGCGCAGAUACACCCUGCUUCCACGGUGGCAAGUGCAGAGAGAGGGAUAAUGGGAAUAGUUACGUAUGUGAGUGUCCAGCAGGAUACACUGGACUCAACUGUGAGAAGAAAGUGGAUAAAUGUACCUCACUGCAAUGCACCAAUGGUGGACACUGCGUGAUCCAUGGCAACCGCCGACUGUGCAGCUGUCGCUCAGGCUUCACGGGAGCGCGCUGUGAGAUCAACAUAAACGAGUGUGCCAGGAACCCCUGUGCAAACGGCUCCACCUGCAUAGACAGCAUCAACGACUACACCUGCUCCUGCCCCCCAGGGUACACAGGCCGCCACUGCGACAAGCCUACAGACCGCUGUGCCUCUUGGCACUGCCUGAACGGAGGGACCUGCACCAUUGAAGCCACAGGCCAGCCUUUCUGCAUCUGCCCCGCCCAUUACAGCGGCCCCAAGUGCCAGUCCAGCGUUGUGCCUUUAGCCAGCACCACACUGGGCCCCAACACAGGUUGGGGGCCCAGUGACAAGUUGAGCUUAGCAGCCAUCAGCUUGGGAGUGGGCCUGGUGGCUGUUCUGGUCCUUUUCUGCAUGGUAGUGGUGGUGAUACGUCACGUCAAGAAGCAGAGAAACACGGGGCAGGACUCGGAGACUAUGAACAACCUGUCCAAGGUUGACUUUCAGAAAGAGAACCUCAUCUCUACUCUAGAGCUCAAGAAUACCAAUAAAAAGAUCGAUUUGGAGGUGGACUGUCCCAGGGAAAAGUCUAAUCACAAACACAUCAACCACUACCACCUGGACUAUAAAACCUCCACGGGGUACAAGGACGAACUGUCCCUUCUGGACAAAGAUGAAAACUGUGAAAAGACGAGAGAAGAUAAAAAGCAUUUGAGUAGAACGUAUAGCGAAAGGCCAGAGUGUAGAAUAUCAACAAUAUGUUCCUCCAGAGAUUCAAUGUACCAGUCUGUCUUUGUAAUAGCAGAGGAGAAAAAUGAAUGCAUCAUUGCAACUGAGGUAUAAUACAUGGAAGAUAUUAUUCGUUGUCAACAUUGGAUUUCUUUUGGACUGUUUACAAGUGUGGAGAGACUGGGAUUUAUUUAAAUGAAAGUUGCUGCUCUUGAAAACUUGAUAACUGGAUGGAGCCGGUGUGCUCGUCGAAUGCAAUAGAACUAAAGCUACUAAACUUUGUGAGAAUGUAAAGACUGAAAAAAAGACUGCAGGAAAUAAUGAGCAAAUCUGACCUGUGGAUGCGCCUUUAAUGUUUUCGACUCAAACCCUUGUCUGCUCCGUCCAAGUUCAUCCAAGGGCAUAAAGGCUGAUCCGUGUAUGCCUGCGUGUUGAUUAGAAGAAGGGGACUAUCUCUAUGUGCUCCUCACCACCUUAUUGCAGUAAUCAGCAAUCAACAAAUCAACUUACUGCCAACAAGCCUGUGGAAGGAGCCAGCCUUUUCCAUUUUUUUGUGGCCUGCAAUGUGCUAUGCAAACAAAAAAAAUCAGCAUUGUGCUAAAUCAAAAAGGGACAAAAACUACUGAAAACGGUUCAUUUUUGAAGGAUAAUAAGGUUAUCAGUUUUGUAAAUCAAAUCUUUUUUUUCUUUUUUUUAAAUAAAGAAUGUAUGCAGCCUAGAUCAGAAAGCCUUAUACUGUAUAUGUGUUUAAGAAAAACGUUGUGCCCCGCCUUAUCUUGAUUCCUUUGCACAGCAACAUGGAGGUAACUAAAAGAUCAAAAGAUGCAAUAUGCUAUAGCGCCAUGCAGAGAAACUCAUGAUAGGGCCUUGUUUUACCUUAUGCAAGAUCACCCUUAAAUGAAGACAAAGAAAUACAUGAAGUGACUAUCGUACCAAGGACGCCUUCAAAGGAAAUUACUGAACCAAUAAUGUUAUUUUGUAAGAUUAGUCUUUCAUUAGUAAUUUAAGAAUAUGAAGCACUGAUCUUUCUCUUUCUAUGUUUUAUAAGAUUAUUUUGUAUAUACUGUAUAUUUAUAUGUUGAGAUUAGAAGUAUGAAUUGUACAUCUGUUUUUAAGUUGAUGCCCCAAAAAGGUGAAUUUAUUUUUAAAGUGUUGUUGGUGUUUUAUUUUAUUAUUAUUUUUUGUUAUAAAAAAGAAACAAUGAAUACAUAUCUGGUACACUGUUUGUUUGUUGGUCUUCGAUGGUUGAGUGUACAUGUGGUCAGCUAGCGAUCCUAAUUUAAAUGUUGGAAUCAUCUAGAAACUUUAUGCGUGUCCGUGUGGAAGUGGCUUCAUUGUCUAUAGAUACAGUCAUAUUUGGCCUGGUAGCAGUGCUGAUGAUUCCGUGUCUCCUGUAUGUCCACGACAUCUGUGUCAGUGUGAUGUGAAAUCAGUGUGCUAGCAAUCAUUCAGUGGACAGUGUUGUAAUUGGCAGCAAUGUAAGGAAAUACUCAAACAAAAAGAUAUAUAUUUUAAAAGAUCUGUAUGUGAAAAUAA